AUGGCUAAAAAGGCAGAGCCUUCGCCGCAUGGCGAUGUCGAAGCCCAAGAUACCAUCUCUGUUGCUGCUGCUCCCAUCAGCGCCUUCGACAACUAUGAUUCCCAAAAGGCGGAAAACGAGCAGCAGCAUAUCGGGACUCUUGAUCGUAGACUCAAAGCUCGUCACGUUCAGUUCCUUGCUCUUUCUGGAGCCAUUGGCACAGGCCUCUUUGUUGGUAGCGGACAGGUCCUCUCUUUGGCGGGCCCGCUUUCUGCGUUUAUAUGCUAUAUUAUCACGGGCUUUAACCUCUACUGUGUGAUCAACAGUCUGGGUGAGAUGGCAGCCUGGUUGCCGAUUCCAGGUGCAGUGCCAGUUUUUGCCUCACGAUUUGUCGAUCCGGCGCUUGGAUUCACGCUGGGAUGGAAUUAUUGGUAUCAGUUUGCUAUUGGUGUGCCCAUCGAGGUGUCUGCUUGUGCCAUCAUUGUCGACUUUUGGCCCAACGAUGUGCCCAAGGCUGCGCUCAUUACCGUCUUCUUUGCUGCCAUGGUCAUCAUUAAUUGCUUGCCGGUACGCAUUUACGGAGAAGCCGAGUUCGCAUUUGGCGCCAUCAAGCUGACCACCAUCGUUGGCUUAAUCCUGCUCAUGUUCAUCAUCACUUUGGGCGGAUCUCCAUCAGGCGAUAGAAUCGGCUUCCGAUACUGGCACCAUCCUGGCCCAAUGAAUACUUACCUCGAAGACGGUGCGUUAGGGCGCUUCCUUGCUUUCUUCAAGGUCUUCAUCUCAGCCACCUUUGCCUAUGGUGGUAGCGAGAUUGUGGUGGUUGCCUCGGGUGAGACUAAGGAUCCGCGACGAAACAUUAAGCGCUCCGUUCGACGAGUGUUUUGGCGUAUCCUUAUCUUCUACGUCCUUUCAAUCUUCCUUGUUGGCCUUUGUGUCUCAUCUGAGGAUCCCUCCUUGCUCAAUGCUAUCGACAACUCUGCUCCGGGUGCCGGUGCCAGCCCAUUCGUUAUUGCGAUCAAGAAUGCCGGUAUCAAAGUCCUUCCGCAUAUUAUCAACGCAGUUGUUCUCUCUUCUGCCUGGUCAGCUGGCAACUCCUUCUUCUAUGCUUCCACCAGAGUGCUCUAUUCGGCUGCUUUGGACGGCAAAGCCCCUGCAAUUCUCAAGUAUGAAAAGUUUGGUGUGCCCUAUGCCUGUGUGGCCUUGACCACGGCGCUGAGCUGUCUCGUCUACCUAAACGUCAACAAUGGGUCUGCCGAGGUUUUCUUCUGGAUCAGCAAUUUGAGUGCUGUCAGUACGCUCAUCGUUUGGGCCAGCGUGUCUUUCAUGUACCUCCGCUUCUACUACGCCCUCAGAUACAACGGCAUCGAUCGUGAUACUCUACCCUUUAAAGGUCCAUUCCAGCCCUUUUUGGGCUACUUUUCCAUUGUCUUCUGUCUUGUUAUCGCACUGUUCAAUGGAUUCGACUGCUUCUUCCCCGGCCGAUUCAGUGCCAAGUCGUUCAUCCCACCAUAUAUUGACAUUCCCAUCUUUUUGUGCUUAUUUUUCGGUUACAAACUUGUCAAGAAGACAAAGUUUGUUGGUUUGGCAGAGAUGGAUCUAUGGUCAGGAAAAGCCGAGAUUGAUAGACUAGAAUCUACGUGGGUCAAGCCAGUGCCACGUAAUUUCCUGGAGAGGAUCUGGUUCUGGAUUGCCUAA